AUGCCUGAACAAAUCACUCACCCGGAGCCGACUUCUACACCAGCUCCCACAUACAGCGAAGCGCCAGAAGUCAUAUCCCCUUCACACUUAAAUCAUGGCCCCGUGAGCCCAUACCACGUCACUCGUUCACACACCGGCCAGUCCAUCACCGAUACCACGCGGAGCACCGUCAGCGCGCUAACACCCACCAACGGCGCUUCGGAGAAGCAAAACCCCAACCAACCAGACUUAAUCGGUGAGGCACCAGAAUACGAGGCCCCGACAUCACUGGGUCCGCCAGAGAAGGUAUAUCAAGGUCAACCCCAGCCCCAGCCCCAGCCCCAGGGCCAUCCACGGCAGUACUACACUCCCUAUGGCCAUCCCAGCGGGUAUGCAACGGCUGUCCCGCUACAUGGUGUCCAGUCAGCGCCUACACCGGUUGAUUGCCCUGUUUGUGGAAAGCGUGAGAUGACCAGUAUUCAGCCUGUGAGCGGAGGGACUACGCAUGGCUGGGCUGCUAUUCUCUGCUUCUGUUGUUGUCUUGGGUGUGUCCCUUACUUGAUGUCUUCGCUCAAGGAUGUCGAGCAUUCCUGCGGGAAAUGCGGUGCCAAGCUUGCGAAGUGGCAUAACAGUGGACGUGUGCAUGUCUUGCAGAAUGGGAGGAAGUGA